CCGAGAUGUUGAAGCGAAUCCUUGCGACUCUUAUCUUCGUCGUUGCCGCCGAAUAUGUCCAUACACAUAUGACCGAAGAUAGGGAAGCUCCAACGGACUGGUUCAUAGAGGUCAAACAUGCUUCGAUCGAUGUUCAACCAUUGAAAACCAUGCGUAGCAGGUAUCCUCAAGCCUGUGCUUCAAAGUGUCUUGAAAUGAAAAACUGCAGAGCUUUUGAGUUCACCAGAAAGAAGAGACAAUGUCGUCUCUUUCGGGUUGAUGCUUCCACCGAAGUUCUGCAGAAGAAAAAGAAAACCACUUUCUACCAACUGGAGAACCUAAAUGGCAUAAAUACGUUGCUGGGAGCACGCUUAAAGAAGAAGAAGAGUUUUCAUACAAUCAAACGAACCAACCUCGAGGAGUGCAAACGCGCAUGUCAGGAACAUCCAGAAUGCCGUUCGGUCGAAUUUAACUCCCGGAAACGAAAAUGUUCUUUGUCUUCUGCCACACACCAGACUAACAAACUUAAAGUGAAAAACAAAGGAUGGAAUUAUUAUGAACUCAACCAGAAGGUUAAAACUACAACAACUGCUACUACACGCUUUAGUGAAUCGACAACACCCUCUCCACAAGCGUCAACAACACCAGCUUCAACGCAAACAGCAACAACUUCUACAGAGCAAACAACAACACCAGUAACGGAGACACCAGAACAAACAACAACACUCUCUACAGAAGAGUCAACAGCACCGUCAGCGCCAGAGUCCACAAAACCAUCGAUACCCGAGUCAACAAUGCCAUCUACACAUGAGUCGACAACGCCGUCUACAGGAGAAACAACAACACCGUCUACAGGAGAGUCAACAACGCCGAUAGAAGAGUCGACAACUCCGUCUACGGGAGAGUCAACAACACCGUCUACAGGAGAGUCCACAACGCCGUCUACUGGAGAGGAAACAACGCCGUCUACAGGAGAGAGAGUCAACAACGCCGUCUACAGGAGAGUCAACAACGCCGUCUUCAGGAGAGUCAACAGCGCCAUCUACAGGAGAGUCAGCAACACCUUAUACAGGAGAGUCAACAACACCGUAUACAGGAGAGUCAACAACGCCGUCUACAGGAGAGUCAACCGCGCCAUCUACAGGAGAGUCAGCAACACCUUAUACAGGAGAGUCGACAACACCGUCUACAGGAGAGUCAACAACGCCGUCUACAGGAGAGUCAACAACACCGUCUUCAGGAGAGUCAACAACACCGUCUACAGGAGAGUCAACAGCGCCAUCUACAGGAGAGUCAGCAACACCUUAUACAGGAGAGUCAACAACACCGUAUACAGGAGAGUCAACAACGCCGUCUACAGGAGAAAUCAACAACACCGUCUACAGGAGAGUCGACAACACCGUAUACAGGAGAGUCAACAACGCCGUCUACAGGAAAGUCAACAACGCCGUCUACAGGAGAGUCAACAGCGCCACCUACAGGAGAGUCAGCAACACCGUAUACAGGAGAGUCAACAACGCCGUCUACAGGAGAGUCAACAACGCCGUCUUCAGGAAAGUCAACAGCGCCAUCUACAGGAGAGUCAGCAACACCUUAUACAGGAGAGUCAACAACACCGUAUACAGGAGAGUCAACAACGCCGUCUACAGGAGAGUCAACCGCGCCAUCUACAGGAGAGUCAGCAACACCUUAUACAGGAGAGUCGACAACACCGUAUACAGGAGAGUCAACAACGCCGUCUACAGGAGAGUCGACAACACCGUAUACAGGAGAGUCAACAACGCCGUCUACAGGAGAGUCAACAACGCCGUCUUCAGGGGAGUCAACAGCGCCAUCUACAGGAGAGUCAGCAACACCUUAUACAGGAGAGUCGACAACACCGUCUACAGGAGAGUCAACAACGCCGUCUACAGGAGAGUCAACAGCGCCAUCUACAGGAGAGUCAGCAACACCUUAUACAGGAGAGUCAACAACGCCGUCUACAGGAGAGUCAACAACGCCAUCUACAGGAGAGUCAACAGCGCCGUCUACAGGAGAGUCAACAGCGCCAUCUACAGGUGAGUCAGCAACACCGUAUACAGGAGAGUCAACAACGCUGUCUUCAGGAGAGUCAACAACGCCGUCUACAGGAGAGUCGACAACACCGUAUACAGGAGAGUCAACAACGCCGUCUACAGGAGAGUCAACAACGCCGUCUACAGGAGAGUCAACAGCGCCAUCUACAGGAGAGUCAGCAACACCGUAUACAGGAGAGUCAACAACGCCGUCUUCAGGAGAGUCAACAGCGCCGUCUACAGGAGAGUCAGCAACACCUUAUACAGGAGAGUCAACAACACCGUCUACAGGAGAGUCAACAACGCCGUCUACAGGAGAGUCAACAACGCCGUCUACAGGAGAGUCAACAGCGCCAUCUACAGGAGAGUCAACAACGCCGUCUACAGGAGAAGUCAACAACGCCGUCUACAGGAGAGUCAACAACGCCGUCUACAGGAGAGUCAACAACGCCGUCUACAGGAGAGUCGACAUCGCCAUCUACAGGAGAGUCAACAACGCUAUCUACACCUGAGUCAACUAUGCCUUGUAUAACUCAAACUAUUUCACCCAGUGCAGAACAGUCAACAGCACAACAAUCUACAAUGCACUCAACACCAUUGACAACAACGCCCUCUACCGACAAAUCAACUACUCCUACCUCUGUCUCUUGUAUAGAACCAACAGCACAUGCAACGCCCUCUACAGCUCAACCGACGACUACCACGGAACCACCUAUAUGUCUCACACAACCAGCACAAAAAACCUCUCAAGAAACAACCAUUUCUAUUGAAAAGACAACACUUUCAAGCAUGCCAUCAGAACAGUCUACGCUUUCUACAGGACAAUCAACAACGCCCUCGGCAGAACAAUCAACGACGCCCUCUACAGGACAGUCAACAACACCUUCAGCAGAACAGUCAACAACGCCCUCUGCAGAACAGUCAACGACGCCCUCUACAGGACAGUCAACAACGCCUUCAGCAGAACAGUCAACAACGCCCUCUGCAGAACAGUCAACGACGCCCUCUACAGGACAGUCAACAACGCCUUCAGCAGAACAGUCAACAACGCCCUCUGCAGAACAGUCAACGACGCCCUCUACAGGACAGUCAACAACGCCUUCAGCAGAACAGUCAACAACGCCCUCUACAGGACAGUCAACAACGCCUUCAGCAGAACAGUCAACAACGCCCUCUGCAGAACAGUCAACGACGCCCUCUACAGGACAGUCAACAACGCCCUCUACAGAAGAACAGUCAACAACACCCUCUGCAGAACAGUCAACGACGCCCUCUACAGGACAGUCAACAACGCCUUCAGCAGAACAGUCAACAACGCCCUCUGCAGAACAGUCAACGACGCCCUCUACAGGACAGUCAACAACGCCUUCAGCAGAACAGUCAACAACGCCCUCUGCAGAACAGUCAACGACGCCCUCUACAGGACAGUCAACAACGCCUUCAGCAGAACAGUCAACAACGCCCUCUACAGGACAGUCAACAACGCCUUCAGCAGAACAGUCAACAACGCCCUCUGCAGAACAGUCAACGACGCCCUCUACAGGACAGUCAACAACGCCCUCUACAGAAGAACAGUCAACAACACCCUCUGCAGAACAGUCAACGACGCCCUCUACAGGACAGUCAACAACACCUUCAGCAGAACAGUCAACAAUGCCCUCUGCAGAACAGUCAACGACGCCCUCUACAGGACAGUCAACAACGCCUUCAGCAGAACAGUCAACAACGCCCUCUGCAGAACAGUCAACGACGCCCUCUACAGGACAGUCAACAACGCCUUCAGCAGAACAGUCAACAACGCCCUCUGCAGAACAGUCAACGACGCCCUCUACAGGACAGUCAACAACGCCCUCUACAGAAGAACAGUCAACAACGCCCUCUACAGGACAGUCAACAACGCCUUCAGCAGAACAGUCAACAACGCCCUCUGCAGAACAGUCAACGACGCCCUCUACAGGACAGUCAACAACGCCUUCAGCAGAACAGUCAACGACGCCCUCUACAGAACAAUCAACAACGCCCUCUACAGAACAGACAACAACGCCCUCUACAGAACAAUCAACAACGCCCUCUACAGAACAGACAACACCUUUUACAGAACAAUCAACAACGCCCUCUACAGAACAGACAACACCUUUUACAGAGCAGUCAACAACGCCCUCUACAGAGCAGUCAACAACGGCCUCAACAGAACAAUCAACAACGCCCUCUACAGAGCAGUCAACAACGCCCUCUACAGAGCAGUCAACAACACCAAUUAUUGUGACUCCAAGUUACAUUGGAUGCUUCAAGGAUUUCUUACACAGAAGAGCAAUGCAAGGGGAUUUAAUAUCCUCGCCAUCGAUGACCAUCAAGUCUUGCAGAUUGCAUUGUGUAGCAAAAGGUUACAAAUUUGCCGGACUUGAACAUUCCGGAGACUGUUAUUGUGCAAACAGUUAUGAUUUAUUUGGACGGGUAAAAGAGGAAGACUGCAAUCUCAAGUGUUCGGGAAACAACGAAGAUAUCUGUGGUGGUGUGUCUUCUUUGUCGGUUUAUCAUUCAGGCUCAUCCUUUGGCCCAGGAGACGGCCAUGCAGACCACAAAGACUACAUUGGUUGUUCCAUUGCGUCGUUUAAAUCCAGUGAUUUGAUGCAUAGAUGGAAGCAUUCCGAAAUGACUCCCGGCACAUGCAAAAGACAUUGUGGAGAAAAAGGUUUUAAAUUUGUGGCUAUUAUCACUACAAUUUGUCUGUGUUUCAACGUUAUCCCGUCUGAGAAAUUUUACCCUGACGAACAAUGCUAUCUUAAAUGCCCCGGAGAUAAACAUCAGUUUUGUGGAGGACAGAGAGCAAUGUCCGUUUACCGUGCAGUUAAAAUCGAACCAGACGACCUGAAACCCGUAUACUCUUCUCUUUUCGUGGGCUGCUACAAAACUAGACACCAUUCGGUUUUGCCAAAAUAUUCGUUGCGGUCAAUUAUGUCGAUUGAAACUUGCCGAAAAUAUUGUGGAAAUCAGGGAGAAAAAUAUGCAGGAUUAACGAAAGGUGUUGAUUGUUCUUGUGGGUCCAAUUAUGAUAAAUUCGGUCUCUGGUACACCAGUACAGCUUGUCAAGAAGAAUGUCACGGAAGUAACGACAAAUUUUGUGGAACUUCUUAUUCGAUGGCUGUCUAUAAAUCAGCCUCAAAUAACAGUGGCAGUUCCUGAUAUUAUCAAACUCCUUGAAUAUUAUGUAUGCUGAUUUCUGAAAUACCAAUAAAUAUUACUGAAAUCAAUUGAU